CAAAUUAAAAAUGAUAUAUUUUUUAAAUAAAUCACUUUAUUAGCACGCGCGGUAGUUUGGCGCGCUCUUGUGGCGGAAGUCUGUCACGGUGAUCAGAAAAAAUCGCUCCAAAAACUUUUUAGACUCGAAGAAAUUCGCUUUUGUCGUCUCGCUUCGGUUUCAGAGUUUUACUCGCAGGAUUCCGCCUUCACUUCGCCGUUUUUCUGAAUGAACGUCUUUAUCAUCGCCUCAGUAAAGUUUCCUGAGGGAAUUCGGUACAUCCGGGACUCUGGCGUCCCUGGAUACAGCGAGCUCGGUGUAAACAAACCGGAGAAGUUCGCCGUGUGAGAGACUGAUUUACUGUAAUAUAUAUCCACACGUGAUUUAUUUGAGAUAGUACGCUGUAGAUGUGCUGUUGCAGGUGAUAUGGAGGUUUCUGCGGGGGAUGUCUUUCGUUCUGGAGCCUCUGAGAGUCCGCGGACCCUGGAUCCGGAUCCUCAUGAGAAGAACUGUCCAGCAGAUCAAGUGUCCGUGGAUCGUAUGGACAUCACCAAGGGCUGUCUGGAUGAUAUUUCUCGCCCGGCCUCCGGUGAGAUCAGAAGACUGAGUCGAGAUCGUCCCAGAUCUCUGGAGGUGCUCAGUCCUGACGUCACACACGCAGAGGUUCAGACUGAUCUUACAGCAGAAAACAGCUCUGAUCAAGAAGAGUCCGAUGAAGAAAAUGAAGCUCCGACGUUGAGAAAAUCCAUAAAGAAAAUGAAGAGCUUGGACCGGAUUCUGGCUCUGAAGGCGUCAGCGGAGAGAGAGGUGAAGCAGAGAGGAAAGGAGCAGCACCAGAGACUCUGGCAGGAGCUUCAGACCGCGAGUCUCAGGAUGAGCAGCAACGAGACGGAGAACACCAGACGCUUUCUGGCACUAACUCCCAACAACUAUCAGGACUGUGAUGAAGUGGAUUUCGUCCCUGUGUUUGAGACUGAAGUUCUCGAUCUGAUGAGAGACAUGAUCACGAGACACGAGACGGAAGUAGACGUGGGUCACACUGAAGCGGGUCAGCAGGUGACGGAGGAUCAGCCGUCAGACGGCAGACAGAGAGGAGCUGCUCGCAGCAAGCGCAGACAAGACUUUGUCAGGAGGAAUAUUGAGCUCGCAGGAGUGUCAGGAAACUCGUUUCUGCUCACACAACAGGAGAAAGAGAGAAUAGAGGAACUGCUAAAGGAUCUAGAAGAGGAACAGAGCGACAGCGAGCAGCUGACUGAACCGCAGGUGGUCUCGUCAUCUCGAUCAGUCAGUGAAGGCUUCAGUCCUGAACCUUCUGAACUCCACAGUCUCCAUCAUAUUGACUCCAGACUGCAGCUGCUACUUCCUGUGGAGGACUUCCUGUCUGUGCGGAGCCCGUCGCAGGGGAGUCUGCAGGAGAACACGGGAGACGCAGAGAGACUGAGACGAGACGAAGAGAGACGUCUGCAAGAAAUCCAGCAGCAGCUGCAGCUCCUGGAGGAGAACGAACCCGGCGACUCGGUUCGUUUGUCUGACGAUGAGUUGAGGAAUCUGCUGCUGGAAUGCGAGGAGGACAUGAUCCGAUCUCCUGCAGGUUCCUCAUCAGAAUCAUCUCUCUCGACGAGCUCGGCUCUGGAUGCUUCUCCACGUCUCUCCGGCUCGGAUCUGUUACGGGACGUCUCGCCACAGUGAGAUUGACACAAAGAAAGAGGCAUGAAAGAUGAAGGAGAAUGUUCUUCUGUUUUCUAUUUUACUCUGGUUCAUAAUCUAGGUCUUCGUGCUUUUAGAGUUGCACAAUAAGUGAGGACAUGAAAGUGUGUUUGUCAUCCAGUCUCUGAUGUGUCUGCCAGCGUCAGUAUCACAAUCAGACUCCAGAACAUCUGAAAUAGAACGUAAGAGGACACAAUAAAAUGUUCCUUUUCAAAAAUCAAACCAAUAUGUAUUUUUAUUCUUGUCAUGAGCUUUUGAUUAUCCCCAAAAAUAUGUGGAUCAAAUCCAUCUGAAUCAGUCUGAUGCUGACCUUGUUCUUUGGUUAGUUGAGAACCCUCUCUAGUGCACUGGUGUUGUGGCUCAUUAACACACAUAAUGUCCAAAUUUUGGGGAAUGCUUUAAAUUAAUAAAAAAUGGCACGAGUUCUAUUUCGAAAAUUUUCAUCAUCAAACUUUCUGUGCUUCAAAGAAUCCUGAAAAAUAAAAUGUAUCACGGUUUCCACAGA